GGAAAAAUCAAAGGAACAGUAGCUUGUAAGCUAAUUCAAUUCCAGUGGUGGAAAGAGAAAAAGAAAACAUUAAUACCCCUUAAAAAGGAAUAAAUUUCAGGGUAAAUGCUGGUUUUUUCCUAUCCUUUUUCUUAGUAUUAUUCCAUGUCGAUUUCGGGUAUUCAAGGCCAUCUUCUACAGGUCACUGUUGUCGGAUGUACCAAUUUGAAAAAUACUGAAUGGAUUUCAAGACAAGAUCCCUACGUGUGCCUUGAAUAUGGUAGCACCCAACACCGUACUAGUACCUGUACAGAUGGUGGCAAAAUGCCAAUAUUCCAAGAGAAGUUUACCUUCUCGUUGAUUGAAGGGCUGAGAGAGAUAAAUGUGGUGGUCUGGAACAGCAAUACUGUAACGUACGAUGAUUUUAUUGGCAUUGGAAAGGUUCAAUUGCAGAGGGUUCUUUCUUAUGGCUAUGAUGAUAAUCCUUGGCCCCUUCAGACUAAAACUGGCAGAUAUGCUGGAGAAGCACGGCUCAUAAUGCGUUACGAAAAAGCCCAAAACCCGGUCAUACCAUUUGCUCCAUCAGCGCCACCCUACGCAACCAGUCCUUAUCAAUUCCCUCCAUACUCAACCCUUCCACAAUCUUAUCCAACUCCAUCACCAUAUCCCGCAUAUCCUUCAUACCCGUCAUCCAUGUAUCCUCCACUAUCCACAUAUCCUCCACCUUCUGCAUACCCUCCACCUCCCUUACCUUCAGCGUAUCCACCAGCCUCACCCUAUUAUCCCCCAGCAGGUCCAGGCUUUUAUCCGCCACCGCCGUACUAAAACAUUCUCCCAAGGAGAUAUUCCAACUAGUAGAACUUAGAGGUCUUUGUGUUCGAAUCUCGUUAGAUGGUGUUGGAACUAUCAAUGGGAGAGGAUGACCUCCCGUUGUGACAGAAAGGUUUGCCAUUCUAUAGAAAUUUACUGGUAAUUGUCCAGUCAUGAGAUAGGACCGAGUUGGUUUUUACUUUUUGGGGGGUUGUCUGAUGGGAGUGGCUCUUGCCAAACUUUUCCAUUGUUCCGAAUUGUUAAUAUAUCUCAGAUUAUGGAAGUUUCCUGUGUUUGUUUCUUCA